AUAAAUACAAACUGUUUAGCAAAAUGAAGGACCGAGUGAAGGACCAGAUUCUACACAGUAACAGAAAAAUGUGAUAUAUUCCAUACUUCAAGCUCUGUCUGGUAAAAGGGCUAAUGUCGCAAAAGAGAAUUCUCUUCGUUAACUUCCCCUCAUUUAAAUAAAAGUGGGAAUUUCUUUGCAGUUUAUCACCUCAGAAUGCAAGUUCGCAUUGUUUUCUUUCGCUCUGAGGUGAUAAACUACAUACAAGGAAAUCUGCUGUUUGGCACUUUUAUUUAAAAGAGGGGAAGUCGACAAAGAGAAUCAUCUCUUGCGACAUUCGCCCUUAUUCCAGGUAGAGCUUAACUUUAUAGAACAGACGACAACAAAGUGUACAUUGGUCAAACGAAAAGGAUGUUUUCAACUAUUUUCAUUUAUUUGGUAGGCUCAAGUCGUGUGUGACACUCUGCGAAGCCGCAGUUCUCAAGUCUAAUCGAGAUAGGAUUCCAUCAUGGUAAAACAAACGUCUUCGAAACAAGGAAAUAUGACAGCCGCCAAGAGAACAUUUGUCCAUGGGAAAUGAUCACACGACGCAUAAAGGAUAAAUAAUUGUCAUGGACUUGUUACCAGUAGAGAUUUUGGAGAAAAUAUUCAAAAAUCUCCGCUACAGUGACUUGAAACAAGCAUCCGCUGUUUGUCAAUUGUGGCAUGACGUUUAUGAAAGAUCCACGUUUAUGUCAAAAAUGGUGGUGCAUUUUAAGAAGGAACUUACACUAGAAACGAUCGAUUUGUUUCUUCGAAGUGAUUGUCUUUAUCAAAAUAUAUGCUUCUGUUCCAUUCCAUUCUAUGAUGUCGCUAAGUCAAAGAGAAGUAUCUGUCGCAGAGAUAUUAUAUACGAAGAUAACAUUUUUAUAAAUCGAAUACGACAAUUGCUUAUGAAGUUUGCUGCUUCUUUACAAACGCUUUCGUUUUGUAAAUGUCAUCUAGAACGAAAUAGAAUUUUCGAGUUAUUAGAAAUCAUUCCUGAUCUUAAAGGAUUAGAAUUUGAAGAAUGUGUGUUUGCUGGAGACAUUACAAAUCAACCACUACAGUUACCGAAUCUAAAGAAAUUCAAUUUCAAAUAUCCUGAAGAUGAAAUACAACGCUACGAGUCGGGCCAUAUUUACGAUAAUCUGGCCAAGAAUCAUUGCAAAUUAGUUAAAAUAAAAGUUCAGCUGUUUGUCAAUGAAAUGUUUGGUGAUCCGGAUAGUGACCUUUGGCAGCAGGUGAACGCUGUAACUCGGUUGGUAAAAUCCCACAAACAAACUAUGAAGUCUUUUAAAGUAGACAGCUUCAACGAUCCUGCACUGAAGAAGCUUAUUUUUGAUGACGACGAUCUUCAAUUGGAAAAAGUCAUAAUAAAUGAACUGAAGUUAAAGGACGACCUAGUUUUCUAUGACUUCAUAAAAAAGCAAAAAAAAAUUAAGAAACUAGAAAUAGCCAUUGAGUCUAAUAUAGACGUUAAUAACGAUCAGUACCUGAAGGCCAUCUGUGAAAAUUCGCACCAAUUGGAACAGUUUUAUUAUGACAUGUCACGUAACACAGAUAGUGGACUAGAAAAUUUACAAAAAUUGCAAAAAUUGAAAAAUUUAGUGCUGACAAAGAAUCGUAACACGAUAGGACUCACGGAGCACUGCUUUGAUCACAUAUACAUGCCCAAUCUGAAAUCGUUAGGAAUAUAUUAUAAAGAGCUCCAGUUACCAGCGGUUCGGCAGAUAUCUAUUAGCUUUCCGAAUCUUAAAGCCCUCAAUCUUAGCGAAUGUGGAAAAGCGGUGACUGAUGAAACAACGCAACUCAUAUUCUGUUCACUACCAGAGCUCGAGAGCCUCGAUAUCAGUAAAUGCAAACAAAUCACCGAACAGGCUUUUCUGGGUACGACAAGAAUAAGCAACUUGAAAAAAUUGAAAGAUUUGGUGUUGGAGAAAUGCGACGGUAUCACGGAUUUGUCGUUGGCAGCAUUCGACAAUCCGGCAUUGAAGAGCAUUAGUUUGGCCAUGUGCACAAAAAUUACCAACGUAGGCUGGGAAGCUCUGUGUCGUCAGUGUCCGAAUAUCACCUGGCUAAAUGCUUCACACUGUAGAAACUUUGAUGACCAGUCGGCCAGGAUCGUAGCUACAAUGCUAGGCGAGUUGGAAAUUUUGAACUUGUUCAAAAAUUGUUCAUUAACAAACGAAGCGGUAUUCUAUUUUGUGGAGAAUUGUAAAUAUUUGGAGGAUCUUUGUCUCACCAAAUGUAGAGGAGUGAAGAUGAAAAAAAAUGAGUAUUUUGAUGACAAAAUGAAUCGGGUUAAUAAAAAAUGUUUACUAUUGAAAAGAAAAGAAUAACCUUUGAACAUAA